AUCUUAGGUUGGCAAUCUCAGAAGAUGAGCCUCCGCAGUUUCAAGAUUUGAUUUUUGGCGAAAGAUCCUCGCAAAUUUUGUUAAUUUCGUGAAAUUUUAGGGUUUUAGAGAUGGGCAAGGACGCCAAGGCCGGAGGAAAAGGCAAGGGAAAAGCCGCAGCCGGCGACGAGGGCGGCUGCUCUAAGGGAAAAGGAAAGUCUGGCAAGGGCGGAGCUUCCGAUGGGCUCGGCACCUGCACGUAUGUGAAGGCAAGGCACAUACUUUGUGAGAAGCAGGGAAAGAUCAACGAAGCCUACAAGAAGUUGCAGGACGGCUGGCUCGGAAACGGCGAUAAGGUCCCUCCGGCGGAGUUCGCUAAGUUGGCCUCCGAGUACUCCGAGUGUCCUUCAGGGAAGAAAGGCGGCGACCUCAGGUGGUUCCCUCGCGGGAAGAUGGCCGACCCUUUUCAAGAGGUGGCAUUCAGCACUCCGAUUGGGGCUACCAGCGGUGCUUUCAAGUCCACGUAUGUGUUGAUACUUUUCGCAAUUUUAGAUCUUUAUAGUCUUUCUGAUGCAUUUUUUACUCUCUGCUAUACACUGGAGUAGAGUAGAGUAGAGUGGAGUGCUUGUUUGUUCCUUUGGAAAACUAAUGUGGUGGAAUAGGAAGGGCGUGUACUGUUGCAAGCUGUGAAGACUUAAUUGUGAUACUGAAAUUUGUUCUUGGUUAUGGUGGAUGUGUUUAGGUAAUUUUCUCUGCUACUGUCGGUUCGGGGUGAUUGAGUCUUGAUUGUAUAGGUUAUUGGCAAGACAUGUGU